AACGGUGGUGGCGGCGUGAUGUCCCUCCGACUUGGGUCUCGUCUAGUCUACGUGGUGUCGUCACAUAGGGUUGCAGCGGAGGAGUGCUUUGGCAAGAACGAUGUCGUUCUAGCCAACCGGCCUCAAGUGAUCAUCGGAAAACAUGUUGGUUACAACAACACAAAUAUGAUCGCCGCACCUUAUGGUGAUCACUGGCGUAACCUCCGUCGCAUCUGCACCAUCGAGAUCUUUUCCACUCACCGGCUUAACUGCUUUCUUUAUGUCCGUACCGACGAAGUACGUCGCCUUAUUAGCCGCCUCUUUCGUGUCGCAGGAACUGAAAAAACGGUUGUGGAAAUGAAACCAAUGCUUAUGGACUUGACAUUCAACAACAUAAUGAGAAUGAUGACCGGAAAACGAUACUACGGUGAAGAAACAACCGAUGAGGAAGAAGCAAAACGUGUCCGUAAGUUGGUGGCUGAUGUUGGAGCCAACACAAGUUCAGGCAACGCCGUUGACUAUGUUCCGAUUUUAAGACUGUUUUCAAGUUAUGAGAAAAGGGUAAAAAAGUUAGGAGAGAAGACUGAUAAAUUUUUACAAGGUCUUAUUGACGAUAAACGUAGACAACAAGAAACCGGUACUACAAUGAUCGAUCAUUUGCUUGUUCUCCAAAAAUCUGAUACUGAGUAUUACACUGAUGAAAUCAUCAAAGGCAUCAUACUGAUAAUGGUAAUAGCAGGGACUAACACAUCAGCGGUCACUCUAGAAUGGGCACUUUCCAAUUUGCUUAACCAUCCUGACGUAAUAAGAAAAGCUAGAACCGAAAUCGAUAACCAGGUUGGUUUAGACCGGCUUAUCGAAGAAUCAGAUCUUAGCGAGCUACCAUAUCUUAGGAACAUUGUCCUUGAGACCCUCCGGUUACACCCGGCUACACCAUUGCUAGUCCCACACAUGGCAUCAGAGGAUUGCAAGAUAGGGUCCUACGAUAUGCCACGUGUUGGAAAUGAGGAAGUUGAUAUGAAGGAAGGAGUUGGGAAUACUGUACCCAAAGCGAUUCCGUUGCAAGCCGUUUGCGAAGCUCGUCCAUUUCUACAUAAGAUUCUCUCCUAAGUUUCUUGAACGUACGGAUAAAAGAUGUGUGACGUAUCAAUGAUUCUCUCUACAUGUAUUAUUCCAAUUACAUAUCUAGAGAUUAUAUAGUUUGUUAGAAGCUUUAAUCAAACCAAAGAUGUAUG